UCUAUAAUUUCUUGCCUUAUUUAGCAAAUGAUAAUUAAUCUGCAUCGAUCUGAACGAUAUGUCGAGUGAAAGAGGGAAGGAUAUAGCGGAAGGAUCAUCAAGGACUAAUCCCGGUGAUCAGCAGCAACCCCCAACACCUAGCCGAUAUGAGUCACAGAAGAGAAGGGACUGGAAUACCUUCGGCCAGUACUUGAAGAACCAGAGGCCCCCAGUUCCUCUUUCGCAGUGCAAUUGCAACCAUGUGCUAGACUUCCUUCGAUAUCUGGAUCAGUUUGGCAAGACCAAGGUUCACCUGCAGGGAUGCAUGUUCUAUGGACAGCCCGAGCCGCCUGCUCCAUGCACUUGCCCCCUUAGGCAAGCUUGGGGCAGCCUUGAUGCUCUUAUUGGGAGGCUUCGAGCCGCCUAUGAAGAGAAUGGAGGGUCACCUGAGACCAACCCUUUCGCCAGCAGUGCUAUUCGAGUUUAUCUCAGAGAGGUCAGGGAGUGUCAAGCCAAGGCAAGGGGGAUCCCUUAUAAGAAGAAAAAGAAGAAGCCGAAUCAAGGCAAGGGAAGUGAUGAAUCCAGCUCUACCAUGCACUUUUCUUGAUUCAUUUUCCUCCUUCCGGACCAAAUAUGGAUUACAUUAGAAAAGAAUCAUGAUGGAAGGGGAUUGUUAAAUGAUAUAAGCGAUUGAAGAUUCAGCUCAGUUUGGGGUUUUCAGCUUUUUUGUACUUGCCAAUAGCUAUAAUCAAGGGAGUUGGGUGUACAUAACUCUCUUGGUCAGUCUCCACUUUGUUUGCGUUUUGAUUAUUUUGUAAGCUCUUAUAUAUAUAUAGAAGUUGAUCACCAACUCUUUACAUGAAUGUCCAUUUUAUGCCUAAACUGCCUACUCCAAAUAAUGAUGAUGAUUAUAUCUUCAUCAUUUUACUCAUAAAUAUUGGUAUGUUGCCCAUUCCAUUCUCCAAGUUUAGGGCCUGCCAGCAAGCGUAUGUCACCCUGGGGCUGGCCUUGCUUUGAUUAAUGUAGCUUCGAAUCUACUUUCUAAAUGCAAAUUAAUAUAACUGCUACAGCCAUUUUAGACA